UUCGAUGGGAGCUUGCAUGUCGCGGCCUCCUCCCAGGAAUUCGAUCUCUCACAGCAGCACGCCCGAGCAAUGGGCGGCGGGCGAGGCGAGGAGGAGCGACAGUGGCAGCGGUGGGAGCGCCAGGAAAUCCAGCAGCAAAUCGGGCUCCAAUUCCACCGCUGCCAAUCCCUCGGCGAUGUCCAUGUCCUUCCUCAAGAAAUACUCCUUCGCCACGGUCAAUCCCGCCUUCGCGGAUUUCGAGAGCGCGCGGCAGCAGCACGGCAGCGAUCCGGAGGAGGAGGAGGCCACAUCUACGCUCCGAUCUCUCGCGCAGCAGUCUUUCGGGGCGUCGUGCCAGCCGGAUCACCAGUGGAGGAGCUCCAAUUCCAUGCUUGGCAGCGAGAGAAGGGUUAGCUUCGAUCAGGGCGAGACAUCCAUGCCGCGAGAGGAAUCAUCGCCAGAUUUCCGCGAUGAUGGAGCGAAUGUGGAAGGGGCGAGCGUCAGGAAUCGCGAUCCAGGGCUCAGGAGUGGCAGGAGCAGGGUGAAAUUCACCGAGGAGAAGCUCGUGAUGAGCUCUUCUUGCAUGCCCAGCUACUCGCUGGGAGUGGUGAUCAAUCCAGAAGCUCGGGCGAAGAACACGAGGAGCAAAUCACAGGGCCACAGCGCCAAGCAGCAUUGAUCCUUGGUUCUUGGCAAGGGGCUUGGCGCAUUCAUCGCUUCCUAGCGGCUGGAAUUUUCUAGCGGUUUUUCUGGCGAUUAGGCUAGGGCUUCUGCCCGCAUUCGCGACUAUAGCGAGAUUGGAUCGAUCAGGCAGGCUUCUGCGGCAUAGAUUCGAGGGUUACAGAUCGAUGCGGUGAAAUCUCCCUUCCAGGAGCGAAAUAUCGUGUUCUUGGGAUGAAUGGGGAUCCACCAGCAGCAAGGGAAACUCUCCUCGGGAAUUUGCUCGUCCAGGCGUAUGGAAGAUCCGGGUGUGUGGAGAGGGCACUGGCUGCCUUUGACGCGAUACUGGGAUCUCUGGAAAGAGGCGCUGUGGGUGUUUCGAGCAAUGGAUCUGGAAGGUGUGCCGGGCGAUGAGAUCACGCUUCUCAACGCCGUGAGCGCUUGCGCUGCGUUGGGAGAUUCUCUCCAAGUGUGGGAGCGUCGAGGAGGCAAGGAACGCGUUUGAUCGAAUGCCUGAGCGGGAUCUAAUCUCUUGGAACGCGAUGAUCACUGUCUACGCACAGCAUGAGUGUGCAUGUACAGCGACUGUGGCAGUCUCGACGAUGCAACAGCAGUCUUCGAGUGGAGCUUUCGGCCCGACGUUUGUACCUGGACGACGGUCAUUGCCGCGUAUACACGGCAUGGAAAGCUCGAGUGUGCGUUCGCGACGUGGAGUAAAAUGCACCAGGAAGGCCUGAGAUCGAACGAGAUCACCUUUCUCACGGUUCUAGACACCUGUUCAAGCCUGGAAGUUCUUGAAACUGCAGUCUUGGCGAUGCACGGGACGUGUUUGACCGCAUGCGCUACAGACGAAACGUGAUCACUUGGACUGCCAUGGUUGCCGGGCAUGCUCAGUGUGAAGACCUCGCAGGGGGGAUCUAUCUCUGUCGAGAGAUGAUGCUAGAAGGCGUGCGACCUCAGUCUGUCACUUUCGCGGGACUUUUGGACGGAUGCCGUGGCCGUGAAGCUCUCGCAGUCGGAGCCUCAAUCCAUGGUUACGUUCGUCUCGGUGGAAUGGAAUCCGACUCUGCAGUCAACAACGCUCUCGUCAACAUGUACAGCAAGUCCGGUGGCCUUGAGGAUGCCGUGAAAGUUUUCAAUGACCAGCGGCAGGAUAUGAAGACCUCUUCCUGGGCUUCCGUGAUUGCAGCAUACGUACAGCACGGCUUGAAGCGAGAAGCUACCGAGCUCUAUCACCACUUGGACCUCGAAGGCAUGGAAGCCGACGAGAACGUCUUCGCCAGCGUCCUCGGCUUUUGCGACAGUGCCACUCAAGUCAGGGACGUGCAUUCGCGGAUCCUCGCCUCCGGGUUAGAGCAGAGAAUGGUCGCAGCCAAUGCCGUCAUGACCGCUUAUGGCAAAGCAGGACACCCGGAUGAGGCCAGGGAAGUUUUCCUCAGGAUCUCGAGGCCCAGCGUGAUCUCCUGGAGCGCCUUCAUCGCGGCAUAUGGUCAGCACUGGGAAGCCAUCAAGACCUUCGAGCUCAUGAAUUUGGAAGGUGUAAAGCCGAACGCCACCACUCUCACAAGCGUCCUGCGUGCCUGCGCGACCGUGGGAGCACACGAGCAAGGCAGGCGGAUCCAUGCUCUCGUCCUCGCCGGUCCCUACACUCAAAACACGACGGUCUUAAACGCGGCGGCCAGCCUCUACGCGAAGUGUAGCCGGGUGGCCGAUGCAAGCCGGGUGUUUUCAUCGAUUCCCUGCAAGGAUGCCGUGUCCUGGAACGCCAUCGUCUCGGCUUACGCGAAGCAGGGGCUCUUCCGGGAUGCCAUCUUCCUCUCUCGGCAAAUGCAGCCAGAGCGGUCAGCUAGCAGCAGCCUGCGAGUGCUUGAGCUCCAUGGUGUGCGAUUUUGGGAUGGUGCCGGCGAGAGAGCACUACGUGUGUUUGAUCGACGUUUUGGGAAGAGCUGGGCGAGUGGCCGAUGCGGUGGAGCUGAAAGACUGCAUGCCUUAUGAGGCUGAUGCGGUUGCUCUGGAGAGCUUGCGUGCUGCAUCCAGGAUCAUCCAGAAUGGCUAAACUCUUUUUCUUUUUCAAAAAUC